CCCCUCCGUGUGUUAAUACAGAGAGAAGGGAGGAGAAGCGUUAGCGCUAGCAGCUUUUUCAAACACAAACAUAUUUCAAUAUCGCGCUCUGAACCUCUUUUUCCUCCUGAGAACCUGGACCGCAGUACCUGGACAUUAUUUACGUUUCCUUUCACCUGGAUUUUGUCGGUGAAGGCGGCUGGAAGCAGCAGAAGCCGCGGGAGUGAGACUGAGGGAAGAAAAGCGGCCUGUUUUGUUCCUGAUCUCAGGAGCCGCAGCUCGCGCGCCCGGUCCAACACAUCUCACCGUUUUUCUGUUUUUCCUCUCUUUAUCUGGUGUUUUUUUUGCUGUUUUGGGGAUUUAAUGGCAUGCAUUUUGUGCCCGUGUGUUCUGUGAGCGAGUCGGCGGUGCUGCUGGUUAACGAGCGGAACCGAUUUUCGGCGCUUUUGGAGAACUUGUAGAAAAAGCGGCCUGUUUUGUUUUGCAGAGCCGCGGCGCCAUGAACAAUAACACACACCGAGCUUAACGAGCUUCAUCUGCUUCCGCUCUCCGGUGUGUACGAGAAACCUCGGCUGGAGUGUGGGAAAUAAUCCGAAGCUGUGUGUGUGUGUGAAGCAGAGUACAGGAUCCGGAGAUCCUGGCGGUUUGAAUUCGGCAGCUCUGGUUCUGCUGCACGCGCUGCUGCCGUGACUUCCUGCGCUCCAAAAAUCUCAUGGCAGUAUAAACAAGCUGUCUUUUUUUCUGCACCACAAAUCGGAUGUAUUUGGGACGCAACCGGAGCGCGUGCACUGCAUUUCUCCGGUGAUGAUGAUUAUUUUUGCGUAUUUCCUGCCAUGGAAGCGAGAGAGCGCGUGCACGGCGUAGCGUCUGUAACGGCGGACGUGCUAUGUGUGGAGGAGAGACGUUUCUGCGCCAUCCCGCCGCACGUGUGAAGAUUUUAAUAUCGAACUGACCGUGCAGACGUUGUGCAUUAAUUACGCGCCCGAGCACACUUUCUGAGCUCCUCAUCAUUAUAUCAGAGAUUUUGUGUGUGUGUGUGCGCGCGCGCGCGCGUUUCCCCGAUCCUGAACCCCCCUCCCUCCCCCCUGUGCGGACAUGAACCCAGUAAACGCGACGGCUCUGUACGUGUCCGCGUGCCGCUCGGUGCUGCGCUGCGACCCCCGGGACCCGCAGGCUUUAUCCGAGCUCUACAAGCUGCUGCCGUUCUUCAGACAGUCCCUGUCCUGCCUGGUGUGCGGGAAUUUGCUCCAGGAUCCAAUCGCUCCCACCAACUCCUCGUGCCAGCAUUACGUCUGCAAGACAUGUAAAGGGAAGAAGAUGAUGAUGAAGCCAUCGUGCAGCUGGUGUAAAGACUACGAGCAGUUCGAGGAGAACAAGCAGCUGUGCAUUCUGGUGGACUGUUACAGGAAGUUGUGCGAGUACAUCAUGGGUUCUCCUCUUGCUCGGCACAUUUCUAGCGAAGUGGACGGAGCCCCGGACAUCGUGGCUCUGCUGAACGAGGGUCUCUCGUCGGACAAGACGGGAGACGAGGGUUUCUCACCAAACCUGGCACAGCACUCGCCUGCUCCCUCGAGCUUGGACACGCCUCCCGAUGAACUCCAGUUCCCAUGCUCUUCAGAGAUCAAGCAGCAGCCGCCGAGCCCACUGGGAUUGAACGGCCUUCAGGACUGUAACGGCUUGAGUGGCAUGGACGAGCUGACGGCCGGCAUGCCCUCGCCUCACGCCAGCGUGACGGUGGAGAUGGGCAGUGAGGCUGUGAAGCAGGAGAACUUCAGCAGUGAGAUUCCGGUGUGCGAGGCCGGAGAGGAGCUUUGUGCCCCCGGUAUGGAUAUGUGUGAAUUUGGAGAGGAUAUAAAACAUGCAGGCGGGACUCUCUUACUGAGCGUGGAGGAGGUGCUUAGGACUCUGGAACCUGAUCCUGUUCCUCAGGUGGAGAGUUCUGCUAUUCUCCAGCCGAGCCUCGGGGCUUCGGGGAAUAUGAAUGGACCCUUCGGAUGUUCUGCCGCCUCAGCCGAUGCUUCUCGACCACUUCCCUCGCUUCCCCUGGACUCCGCCGGGGUGUCUGCUCCACAGCAUCCUCAUCACAACCCGCAGCCAUCCUCCGGAAUUUCCUGUUCCGCCAUAACUCCCAGAGUUCCACGAUCGAACCGCAAACGCUCGCGUUCUGAAAGCGACAGCGAGAAGAUCCAGCCCCUGCCUAUCUCCACCAUCAUCAGAGGGCCAGCUCUUGGUGCCUCGGUGCCCGUUUCUAUAAAGUGCGAACCUAAAACUUUGACGCUUGCCCCGCCCAACGUGGCCGUUCCAAACGGCGGAGGACUUCCCAAAGUGGGCAAAGCUCUGAUAGUGCCCAAUAAACCCGUCAAAAAGAGUAUCGAGCAACACGGACCUAAAAAGGCGUACGCAAAGUCCAAACAGAGUGCCCCAAAAACGAAAGACAAGGCGAAAGAGCGACUGGUGAAUAAUCCUCUCGUGCCGGGGAGUCCCACCAAGGUAGUGUACAAGAAACCACAGGAGAAGAAGGGCUGUAAAUGUGGCAGGGCCACUCAAAACCCAAGUGUUCUUACGUGUCGGGGUCAGCGCUGCCCCUGCUACUCCAACCGCAAGGCCUGUCUGGACUGCAUAUGCCGCGGCUGCCAGAACUCCUACAUGGCCAACGGCGAGAAGAAACUGGAAGCGUUCGCGGUGCCGGAGAAAGCCCUGGAGCAGACGAGGCUCACGCUGGGCAUCAAUCUCACCAGCAUCGCCAUGAAGAACGCUGGCGGCAGCGGGACCCCCGGCACGCUGAACAUCCCCUCGGCGGCGGGUUCGCCAAUGGCGUCGUUCCUGGCGGCCGGGCCUCACGAGGACGAGGCGUUGGACAUGAGGUUUGACUGUUGAGCCGCGCACGAUGCUCUGGCGGUCACGUGAACCCAAAUUCCAGCCCGGCUCGCUCGCGUCCCGGGGACGAGCCGGCGGAGUCGUCAAUAAGGCAGCUACUGUGAUUCUUUUCCAGUUCAUGUUGUUGAAUUAGUCGUUGCUGAAGCCUGUGCCUAUAAAUCACUUGUAACAUUUUUCUUUUUUAUUAUUUUAUUUGUCUUACACACUAUUGUGACUUGAGAGUCAUGUUACUGUAAGUUGAUGGAAUUCUGUUGUUUUUUUUUUGUUCCAUUUCGGUACAAGUGAUCUAUACGGCAUGAACUUUAGCAAAGAGAUGCCUGACCUCGUUGUUGAGGGUCAUGUUAUGUGGACUUGUGGAUGAUUUUCAGUUUGUAGGCUAGAUGACCAGACCUGUUGGAUGAAAUGGUACCUGCUACGUCAGUAGAGACUGGUUGUAUUUAUAAGCUUUUUUGUACAUCGACUUAUGAACCCCAAUUUAAAGUACAUUUUAUGAUAUUUUUUAAGUUACAUUAACAACAUUUGCAGUAUUUAUUGGGCAUCACUUAACAUAGAUUACAGGCCAUCUAGGGCUUCAUCAGGAUUUCUACAGAUGCAAUUCACUGAGAUGCAGUAUGUUCGGUUUCUGUCUAAAUUAUGUUGCGGUCCUGUUUGUGCUAGUUUAUGCUGUCUAAAACUGUUUUUUUUCCUUUGGGCAUUUAAAAUACCUGUAAUAUAAAUGUAACAUAUUUCCACAAAAAAAUCAGAACCUG